UAUUCUCAGCUCUGUGAAGCACUGAGCUGGGAGCUUCUGUACUGUGACGGAAAGAAAAUGGAAUAGUUGUAGCUGGCUCAUGCUCUGUCAGGCUAAUGCAUUGAUCCAGAUAGCAGACAUUUAACAGUUAUUGACACUAAGGCAGUUCUAUUUUAAAUAACCCUAGCGACCACUGCACCCAAGUGUGGAAAGGCUUACAACUCCUGAACUCCUGUAAAUCCCGAAGUUAAAAUCAUGCUACAAUUUGACCAGCGAUACGUUGUUCCCGUGCUUCUCCUGGUAGGAUGGAUCGCAGGGUGCGUGGUGGCUGUUUACUACAUCUUCUCCUGACCAUGAGGAUGCAGCAGUAGGAACAUGAGAUUUCAGAACCGGAACAGACGAUAUGGGUGGUUCUAAUUCGGCAACUGUAAAUGCAUCCUGGAUGAUGGAAAACAGGAUAUUGUGAUUUCACAUCAUGGAGAAAUAAGAUACAAUGUUUCCUGCUUCACUCCUGUAAUGAUCAUCAGUUGUAAACAUCAAUAAAUUUCAUGCUUUGUAGCUCAA